AUGCCAGCCCGCAACCGGGAACUCACCGUCCCGUACGAGAAGUACCCCUUGAUGCGCCUCGCACUCCACCAACUUCGCCUCCACUACCCAACGCUGAAUAGCCCAGCCCGCCUCGAUAUAUUCAACGCAAUUUUUCACGACCAGCUCGAAGAGGAAGGGUUCGAGGACGGGAAGGUGACAAGCCACGACAAGCUCGACAGCCAGUAUCGCGAAUCUAGGAAGGAAAAGAACAAGCAGAAGUGGUCCGGUAUCAUCAAGCAUCAAGAUGACCUCGAUGACGAAGAUUUCAAGGUCUAUCAGACAAUGAUGGCCUUGAUCAAGGUCAAGGGGCGAGAGCUUGGCAAGGAGAUGGUGUCAACUGGGAACGGAUCGUCCGAUGAGGAGGAUGAGGACGAAGACGACGACAGCGAAGAGGAUCAGCCAAUCUUCGAGUCAUCGGUCCAUAUGAAGAACGGUCGGACUUACCCUGCUGGCGACAUCGGACUGGCUCAGAAGUACAGUGGCGCCGGCAGCAGCGGUGACACGAUGAGGUUGUACAAGACUUACGCUGGCGAGGAGGAUUCGGGCGACGAUGGAGCUCCAGGACCGAGCAGGAAGGGAGUUGCGAAGAAGGCGAAGAAGGGAAAGAAGGCAAGUGGCAAGAAGGGCAACUGA